CCGAGCAAUGGCGCUCACCGUCCUACCUUCCUAUACCUAGCAGUCUCGAUCUGCAUAGAAAGACAAAGGUAGGAGGAGGCGCAGGGGGGGUGGGUAGUGUUGAUUCCUUAUUUAAUUUUGUGAGGAGAUAUUGUUGGGAGUUAAUAUAUAUAUAUAUAUAUAUAUAUACACAAACUAGCUAGUAGGUAAAUAUAUAGAUAUAUGGAGGAGGAGGGGUUCCGAUGGAGCAGAGCGGGCUCUUUCGUCCUGUUCUACUUGGUCUUGUUCCUGUCCGCGGCCGUGUCGUCGGAGGCCAACAUCGGCGACUUCGACGACUACUGGCGGCAGCGCAAGCUCAUGGCCGACGCCGCGGCAGAGGCCACGUACAAGCAUGACCCGCUCGAGGUCACCAACCAACUCAACCGCGCAGUGCACAGAUCCGUCGAGAAGGAGGACAUGAGCACGCGGCGGCGGGCGAUGAUGGGGCACAAGAAGGGUAAGCUCAACAACGGGCCGUGCGAGGCGACGAACCCGAUCGACCGUUGCUGGCGGUGCCGGCAGGACUGGGCGACGGACCGGAAGCGGCUGGCUCGGUGCGCCCAGGGCUUCGGUCGCAACACCACCGGCGGUCUGGCCGGCAAGUUCUACGUGGUGACGGACGGCACCGACGACGACGUGGUGAACCCUCGCCCCGGCACGCUCCGGUGGGCCGUCAUCCAGAUCGAGCCGCUGUGGAUCACCUUCGCCAGGACGAUGAUCAUCACGCUCAAGGAGGAGCUCAUCAUCCAGGGCGACAAGACCAUCGACGGCCGGGGCGCGCAGGUGCGGAUCGCCAACGGCGCGCAGCUGACGGUGCAGUUCGCCAACAACGUCAUCAUCCACAACGUGCACAUCAACGACAUCAUGUCCUCCAACAAGAACGGCGGCAACAUCCGGGACUCGCCGGACCACUUCGGCUGGCGCACCGUCUCCGACGGCGACGGCAUCACCCUCUUCGGCUCCACCAACGUGUGGCUCGACCACCUCUCCCUCUCCAACUGCCAGGACGGCCUCAUCGACGUCAUCGUCAAGUCCACGGGCGUCACCAUCUCCAACUGCCACAUGACCAACCACAACGACGUCAUGCUCUUCAGCUCCAGCGACAAGCACCCCGAGGACCAGAUCAUGCAGAUCACCGUCGCCUUCAACCACUUCGGCAGAGGCCUCGUGCAGAGGAUGCCGAGGUGCCGCUGGGGGUUCUUCCACGUCGUCAACAACGACUACACGCACUGGCUCAUGUACGCCAUCGGCGGCAGCAAGGCGCCGACCAUCAUCAGCCAGGGGAACCGCUACAUCGCGCCGCCCAACCUGGCGGCGAAGCUGGUCACAAAGCACCAUGACGCGCCGGAGUCGGAGUGGAAGAACUGGGUGUGGCACUCGGAGAACGACCUCUUCAUGGAGGGAGCCAACUUCACCGUCAGCGGCGGCCAGAAGAUCAACAGGAAUUUCCACAAGAAGGACCUCAUCAAGCCCAAGAACGGGUCCUACGUCACCAGGCUCACGCGAUACGCCGGCGCGCUCGCCUGCAGGCCCGGCAAGCCCUGCUAGUACUACGUGCUACCCACACCACGUACACAACAGCUAGCUAUAUAUGGACGGCUGACAGAAGACCAUUAUAAGCACCGAUCGAUCGAUCGUUAAGAAACCUGUGGGGUGAAUUAUUAACGACCCUGUAGGUUGUUGUAACAUAUUAGUAACAUGCAUUCGCCGGCCGGUCUCGCCAUGUAAGAAACAGGGGCCCCGGCCGGCCGGAGUUGUUGAAAGCGCGACAGACCAGAGAACGCGUCUGUGUGUGUACUGUGUUGAGGUCCUAGAGGAGAGAGAGAGAGAGAGAGGAAGAAAGAGUGCUAGCUCCUCAAACAGAAGAUGCACAUAUCCACAAAGCCCCAGAAUUAAUUGCUCUGUUGUCGACUACUAUGUCAUUAUAGGUGUUUUCCGCUUCUUCCCUA